GGCUGGCAGCACUGUCUUCCAAGUAAACCACAAUUUGUUAAUAAAUCAUCAGCAUUUUUAGAUGUUUAGUGUAUAGAAUCAAUAUAUAUUUAUGUUUAAAACAUUGAAAAUUAAUAUUUAAUAAACUAUAGCUACGGUUAUUAAUAAAAGGGAACGUUCAGGCCUACAGGUACAUACUAAAGCAUAAUAUACACUUGUGCCUCAUUAAAAAGUGGGAGGAAAAGUUUACCAGUGAAAUCGUCUUCAACGGAAUCUUCGUUGUAUUAGAAUACAUAAUGUCAAUGCCAAUGAGUAAUAUAGAUAAAGGUGGAUACGUGCCGCCAGGAUUUGGAGCUGGAUAUCCGCCUGGAAGUGCUCCACCUAGCACAUCUCAAGGGGACAGUUAUAAACCAGGCGCAUAUGGUUUCGUGCCAGGACAACCGCAAGCGGGUUAUGCACCAGUGCCACAAAUGCCCCCAUAUGGUGAGGCCCCACCAAAUUAUGGUGGUCAACAGCUGCCCUAUGGUGGUCAACAGCCACCUUAUGGUGGUCAACAGCCGCCUUAUGGUGGUCAACAGCCACCUUAUGGUGGUCAACAGCCACCUUAUGGUGGUCAACAGCCACCUUAUGGUGGUCAACAGCCACCUUAUGGUGGUCAACAGCCACCCUAUGGCGGCCAACAACCUCCAUAUGGCGGUAUGUCUCAGCCUCAGUCAAAUGGCGGCGGUGGUUUUCAGCCUGCUCCUGGAUAUGCUCCACAAGGUCCAAUUGUUACGCAGCCGGGAAUGCCGCCACCAGCGCAACCAAUGGGUCCACCAGGACAGCCCAUGGGACCAGCAGGCGAUUGGAUGAGUAUACCCGCCGGCAUACCGAACUGUCCGCGCGGCUUGGAGUACCUUACGAUGGUCGACCAGCUUUUGGUUAAACAAAAAGUCGAAUUACUCGAAGCGUUCACCGGUUUCGAGACCAACAAUAAAUUCUCCAUUAAAAAUGCACUCGGCCAAAAAGUAUAUUAUGCGGUUGAGGACAAUGAUUGUUGUACGCGCAAUAUGUGUGGUCCGGCACGUCCUUUCGAUAUGAAAGUUUUCGAUAAUUUUCGUAAUAAAGUCAUCCAUAUGUACCGUCCAUUAGCUUGCUCGGCAUGCUGUUUCCCUUGUUGUUUGCAAACAAUGGAAGUGUCAUCGCCACCGGGCAGCGUUGUGGGUAGUAUUGAACAGGAGUGGUCCAUAUGUGCGCCUUCAUUUCGUAUUAAAAAUCAUAUUGGUGAUACAGUUUUGCGUAUCGAAGGACCCGUUUGUACAUUCACAAUGUGUGGUGAUGUGGAGUUUAAGGUGGUUUCUCUGACCGGUGAAACUGUGGGAAAGAUCUCAAAACAAUGGUCUGGCUUAGCACGCGAAAUAUUCACAGAUGCGGAUUUCUUUGGUAUUACCUUCCCGAUGGACUUGGAUGUGCGUAUGAAGGCGGUUUUAUUGGGCGCGACUUUCCUUAUCGAUGCCAUGUUUUUCGAAAAACAAGCAAAUCGUGAAACUGAUCGACCAGGCAUGUUCUAAACAGCCCCAAAUACUUAUGUAUGAAUUUACAAUACCGAAUAAUAAUCAAUGAUCAAAUAUUGGAUUACAAAAAAAUUAAAGUCCCAAAUAUAUAAAUAAUUUUUUUUGAUAUUAUCUAAUUAUCAAAUUUAUGGAAACAAAAAACUUAUUCGAUUAUUAUAAAAAUACUUGCUUUUUUAUAGAAUUUGAUGCACUAGUCCACUUGAAACCAAAGUAAAAAAAAAUAAAAUAUUGAAUUUAAAGAAAAAUCGUUAGGAAGUAAAGUUGAAAAAACUAUGUGUGUACAUACAUGUAUUGAAGUUUUGUCAUAUGUACAUAUAUUGAAACGCUUUUAUUGCUUUCAAAGUUGUAACUCAUUUGUUAACAAUAAUUAUAUGCAUUUUAUGUUGAUUGUUGUACCAAACUAAGCUUUAUUUUGGUAAAAAUGUUUAAUGUAUAUAUGUAAGUACACAUUUAUGUAUAUAACUGUAAAAAGUGUAGUUAGCAAUGAUUCGCUUGAAUUUAAUAAUUUUUUUUUAUAUUUUUAUUUUAUUUUUUAUAGUAGUUUUAAGCUGUUCACUUUAAUCGAAUACGUGUUGCCUUAUCGCCAUAUAUAUAUAUACUAUGAAUACUAAAUAUAUGUACAUAUAUAUGUAUGUAUGUGUAUGAA